AUGAGGCACGAGGGCUGGGAUAUUGUCAGGUCGCCCAAGCCUAGACAGGGGGAGUCAAGAGGCAGAGGUCGGGUUCGAACCACGGACCUUCCGGCACACAUUCCGGACAAACAUCCUUGGACGAUGUUUCACCUGAGAAACAAAAAGUACGACGAGCUCAGUAGAAAAAGUGGGAAUUGCGAAAUUUUGUUGGACGUGAAUGCUUCGUCGGAGGACCCGAAGCAGAUGACAUGCGUUCUCAAGGUUUAA